AAUCAAUAUUUUAUGAUACCCAUGGGCAUUUCGUUAAUUACGGUGAUAAAAAGUUUGUUGAAUGACUUUGGUAAACGAUAGAGGGCGCCAUUGUACUUAAACGGUAGUCGCACGGAUACAAAUGUCAAGGAUGUAAAAAGGCAUAACUUUUUGGAUUAUUUUAUCUGAGAAAGAAUUUGGGUCUCAAUCUCGUCUUUAUUCUUGUAUGUAAUGUAAUUGUACACAUUAUUACAAAUAUUCACUAUGCUAUUUUCAAUAUUCAGCUCAUUAUAGGUGAGUUUGGUAAUUAAUCAGUGUGUAGCGUAGUAAUUUUAGCCGGUUUAGGCGGAGGGGUCUAUUUGUUGCGUCCUUUUUCGUUGUUGGUCUCUAAAUGAGUGUCACGUAUGACAAUGAUGAGAGGGUAAAAUCCAACAUUCGGGGUGGAGGAAGAAGUUGGAGAGACCCGCUCAUGGAGCCAGUUUGAUUGCCAAUAAAUAGAGGAACGGAUCGGUUGGUUUUCUUCGGAUGGUGAAUAAAUCUGUCAGCAGAGUAACGUAUCAGUGAGCAACCCAAAAACAAGGUGUCAGGCCUUCCUUAAUUGUCUCCGGACUGAUAACAAAACACUACAAAUUUGGUAACACGGAUGGGGUUGCUUUAAUCUGCUGCUUUGCUGGUUGUCGUCCAGUACAUUGAGGGCAUUGGCCGAGUUCUGAAGAGGGAGUGAGGAUCCAAGUGGAGGACAGCGACUGGAAUAGCCUGUGGCAGUGCAAGUGGAGAAGCCCGGUGGCGGUAGUGCUGUUGGACCCUUUUGGAGCUACGAACUCAACCUUUACAUGUGCAUGUACAUGUGAAAUCUAAUGACUCUGAACUGAACUGGACUGAACUGGUUGAUCAGCAGUGAGGUGGGAUUAUGCGAUUCAAUUCGCACAUUGUUGGUAGGAUUUAGAUAGGCCUAUAUAUAGUUUGUUAGUCAGUAAAUUUUACCUGAUAAUGUAUAGGUGUUAGUUUUAUUCCUAGUGAAAACCAACCGGUCCUGUUGAAGCAAAUUUACCUGGGUUUAGGUGUUUAUGACUUAAUUUUGAUUGUACAAAUUGGUUAGCCUUCAAUAACUGAAUCAUAAUUUCUUGACUCACAAUGGCCGUACCAGAGGCUGAUCUUGUGACGCGCUUGGUCGCAGGGCUGACCGAGGCACUUCGGCAAGAUAAACCGAAGAAUGUCAUUCAGAGGCCCUUGAAGUUGGGUAAAUACUAUGGUAGGCCUAGUAAACCGGGAGAUCCGACCAUUAUUGAAUGGCUUGAAGAUGCAGAGGUUUAUCUGCAACAAUGUCGUAUCCCUGAGGUAGAUAGGGCUAAAGUGGUUGUCCACCACCUCGCGGGUGUUGCUCGCGAUGAGAUCAAAUGCCACAAUGAGAAUGUAACGGGUGACUAUGCAGCGCUAAAAAAACUCCUUCGGCGUCAGUUUGGGGCAGAGGAGUCAGUACAGGCCCUUCAGAAGGCCCUUUUUGAAAGACGGCAAAGGGAAGACGAAUCCCUUAUGGAUUUUUCCCGCUCGCUCAUGCGAAUGCAUGAUCGGAUUUUAGAGGUUGCUACAGAAACAGAGAAAGAUGCAUUGAAGGGUUUGAGAGAUAGGGUUUUGAUUGGGCAGUUUGUGGCGGGCGCAAGGAAUCAAGGUGUCAGGCUUGAGCUGAGGCGCUUAGAGUUGGCUGAACCGGAUCAGGAUUUUACCGAAAUGAGGGAUUCAGCUCGCGAGUUGUUCAGAGAUCUAGAGGAGUACCCUCGGGGUUCUCGACGUGGUGCAAGUGUGCACUUGCAUCACCUAGGUACAGAAAAUGAUCUGAAUAGUGACGAGCCAGUGGCUGAUGCUAAUGUUAGCAUUAACCAAGUAGUUAACAAGUCCCAAGGGGACACACAGUUGCAAACAGUGUUGCAACAACAACAAGAGAUUCUUAAAUGUAUGCAAACACAGCAAGAAACUCUUUGCAAACAGCAGGAACAGAUAACUACGCUUAUGCAAGCAGUGGUGAAACAAAGUGGGACGGUAACUAGCCAGGGCAUGUAUGAAGGCUCAGGAAGGCGGCAGGACAGGCCCCCGAUUCGCUGUUUUUAUUGUAAACGCCCAGGUCACAUGAAGCAUGAGUGUAAACUUCGUAUGGCUCACGAAAAAGCGAAUGGGGGGCAAGGGCAGGCUAUGGGAGAUGCACAAAACACAGGGUCGGGAAACCAGACUUCUCUGCCACUGUAGGCCGAGUGACAGAGGAACAAUCUGGAAAGGCCUCACCAGUUGGAAGUGUAACAGAGAAGUCUUAUGAAGACAUACUAACCAGUCUAGUAAAAGAGAGCCCCAAGGCUCAUAUUGCUUUGGCUGGAGUGCCAGUGGAAUGUAUCCUCGAUACCGGGGCAGAGACUUCUCUGAUUAGCGCCUCUUUUUAUAGGGAUCACCUUGCAGGGAAAUUGAGUGGAGUCAAAACUCUAGGUACUUACCUGCGUGUGUUUGGGGCAGGGAAUAGUGAGGUACCAAUUGAGGGGUACAUACAUGCCCCACUGAUGGUACAUAACCAGACUAUUGAUGCACAUUUUUUGGUGGUCAAAGAAUUUCCUAAG